GUGUUACUGGCGUGCGUGAGGAUGGCAGAGCAGGAGCCAACGGCGGAGCAGCUGGCCCAGAUUGCAGCUGAAAACGAGGAGGACGAACACUCCGUCAACUAUAAGCCACCUGCCCAGAAGAGCAUCCAGGAGAUCCAGGAGCUGGACAAGGACGAUGAGAGUCUGCGCAAGUACAAGGAGGCGCUGCUGGGCGCCGUCACCGUGACCGCAGAUCCCAGUGCUCCAAACGUGGUGGUGACCAAACUGACUUUGGUCUGUGCUACUGCUCCGGGCCCUCUGGAGCUGGACCUGACAGGUGACCUGGAGAGCUACAAGAAGCAAGCGUUUGUGCUGAAGGAGGGCGUGGAAUACCGGAUAAAAAUCUCCUUUAGGGUCAACAGGGAGAUUGUGUCAGGGUUGAAGUAUAUCCAGCACACGUUCCGGAAAGGCGUGAAAAUUGACAAGACCGAGUACAUGGUUGGGAGCUACGGCCCCCGAGCAGAGGAGUAUGAGUUUCUGACCCCCAUGGAAGAAGCCCCUAAGGGCAUGCUGGCCCGGGGCAGCUACAACAUCAAGUCCAAGUUCACAGACGAUGAUAAGACUGACCACCUGUCCUGGGAGUGGAACCUGACCAUCAAGAAGGAGUGGAAGGACUAGCCCUUCCCAAGGCCAAACCCCAGAGAGCGUGAAUCAGACAGUGGCUACCGUAGAAAUCCCCCCCGUACCAAAGUGCUGACGUUGGAACCCUCUUCCCUUCCACCCCGUUAUGAUUUGACCAGAGAGCUCAGUUUUGUAACGUGCCCCCUCCCCAGAGCAUCGCUGAGUGCAUUGACCACCCGUGCUGUCUGCAUCUGGUCUCCAGCUGCCCCUCGCAGGGCCGCGCUGUGCCAGCGCAGAGCUGGGAGCACUCGCUCCCUCGCCAGGCCCUUCGCUGCGUCUCACCCUCCUGUACUGGGGUGGGUGCUGCGGGGAGAGACUCCUGUGUUCUGUGUAGGAUCCUGUGCUCGGCUUUCCUGCGUGCAGCUCAGGGCGGCUACUGCCUCCCAGUAGCUGCAGAACUUUGAUGCCAGGCAGCUAUUGAAUCCGUUCGUUGGCCAAAAUCAUGUCCGGCCCGCCCCUUCCACCAGUCAGUGUCCUGGGGAGGCUGGCAGCUUCAUUUGUGGAUGUUCCCUGUAACCAUGAUGCCUUAAUGUGUAACAUGUAUCCUCUAGGGAGGGGGCCCUGCCCUUGUUACACUUUUUAAAUGCCACCCACCCUCCCCCUGUUCGUUGGCAUGGCACUCAUCUUGGUCACGCCCCUUAUGGGUUAUUAGGAAAGAUUCACAACUUCCUGCUUUGCUGCUGGUCCGUUCUUCAUCUGAGACGGGGCA